AUGGCAACAAAUGGUCUGUACAAACUACAUCCUGGACAAGCUUCUGAUCUUGAUUGGUUGGAAUGUAACAUGGCUGGUCUAUUUGAUUUAGACCCUACCCAUGUGCCACAACUUAGACCACCAGAUUUUGAAGCUUACAAGUCAGACAGGCAACCAGCUGAUCUGUUUGUUCCUGAAACGCCUUUCAUUUUUGUCAUUGAGUCUACUCCAAAGCGAGACAAACUCAUAGACUUGACUUGCAAGUUGUCAUCCUCUGAACCUCAUCGCAGCCCACCAGAUGAAGGUCAUGUUCAAGGUACUAAGAUCGUUGAGCUCAACUACAACCACAAUUGCAAGAGGGACAUUCAGCCUGCACGUAUUGAACUAUGCCUGAACAUUGACAAAGGUGAAUAUGAACGUGUCAUGGCUUACCAAAACAUCCACAAGUGGUCAGAAAUUGACAAGGACAACGCCAUUGUUUGGAAGCUGAAGAGAGUUGUAUGCCACCAUCACUACAUUUGA